CCAAACCCACUGGGCGUGCGCCGUAGCUGUAUCCCUCCGAGAGGUUUCCGGUAGCAGCGCGUGACCAGAACAGGUCUAGAGCGAACCUCUGCUCAGAACAGCACGAGAAGUUCCAUCCUCUUUGCUACUUCCGGUCCUCCCGGAUGUCCAAUGGAGCAGUUCCCCGGAAGUGACGCACACAGAAGAAUCCUUUUUCCGGUUCCGGCGUAGGGAGCGCGCGUGCGGCGACAUGAAACUGCUCACCCACAAUCUGCUUAGCUCGCACGUGCGAGGGGUGGGGCCCCGUGGCUUCCCCCUGCGCCUCCAGGCCACCGAGGUUCGCAUCAAUCCUGUAGAGUUCAACCCGGAGUUCGUGGCGCGUAUGAUACCCAAGGUGGAGUGGGCGGCGCUUCUGGAGGCGGCAGAUACCUUGCAUUUGGUCGAGGUACCCCAGGGGCCGAUUCAGGACUACGAACAUGACGAGAACUUUCUGAGGAAGAUGCACCAUGUGCUGCUGGAGGUGGACGUGGUGGAGGGCACCCUGCAGUGCCCGGAGUCUGGACGUCUGUUCCCCAUCAGCCGCGGGAUCCCCAACAUGCUGCUGAAUGAUGAGGAAACCGAAUCUUAAGCAUCCCAGCUCCAGUCUUCAUUGUGUGACUGCAUGUCUUUCUUCAUGUAUAUCUUGUGUGUACGUGUUCUGCCAUGUGAAUCCCCGACCCUUGACCCAGCGACACACAGAACAUGGUGUUCUUGAGCUCGAUAGUAUAUAUUUUUUUUCUCAUUAAAGGUUCAAAACCAAAA